GAAUAAAGUUCGCGCCCUUUCCUCGGCGUUUCGCAGCCUCCCCUCGGCUCUCUCCCACUCCUUUUUGACAGCUGGGCGCUAGCAGCCACCUCCACCUCCACGCCCGCCACCCCCCGGGGGGCGCCAAAGUUGUUUUCCAUCCCCAGAAAGAGCAGGGGGGAAAAAAAAGUAACAGGGCGCGGGGGGAGAAAUAUACAUCCUCCUGCACCAACUCGGUAGAAAUCGGCGGACAAACAACUAAACUAACCUACUUUUAUUCUGCAAAAGGCAAGCAACAUUGUAGUCAACGACAAUUUGGGAGAGAGAGGAGAAACUUGUGGGGCUUGCAGGUCCGUCAGAGGUCACCUCGCCGGUUACCCCCCCACCCCUGCCCCCAGCACCCCCCAUCCCGGCACAGUCCGUUCCUUUUUUUUUUUUUUUUCUGUCCCGAAGGGCCAGGGGAACUCAGCAGGCUCCGACCUGGGGAGCAACGGCGACCCUGGGCGCGGGUGUAAAUCAGUCACCUGAGCGCAGAGGGGCCGCGGCGAGGGCGCGCGCUGGCGGGCGGGCGGGCGGGGAGAGGCGGAGGCGGCGAGAGCGGCGGCCCGGAGGAAAUCGGGAGGGGGAGGGAAAGAAAGGCCGAGACAGAAGGAGCGUGAGGCGGCCGAGGGGCUGGUCCAGGCGCGGCCGCUAAGAGGAGACCAAGAGGCGGGGGCUGCACUUGACAACCAGCAUGCGGAGAUGUCAGAAGAGGCAGAAGUGGAUGUGAGAGAAACAGAGACACUGAGAGACAGAGAGCCAAAGAGGGCAAGAGACUUGACUUUAAGAGACUCCUGUACUGACAGCUCCAUGCAGUUCGGAACCAGAACGACUCCAGCUGAACCAGGGUUCAUGGGGACAUGGCAAAACGCUGAUACUAACCUCUUAUUCAGAAUGUCCCAACAGGUCCCAGUGGCAUGCGCUGGCAGAGUGCUGGGUGCAGACUUCUGCCCAAACCUGGAGGAGCCAGACCAGAGGCUGGAAGUCCAGGCCAUCCGCUGCACGCUGGUGAACUGCACAUGUGAGUGUUUCCAGCCGGGGAAGAUUAACCUGAGGACUUGCGACCAGUGUAAACAUGGCUGGGUGGCACACGCCUUGGAUAAGCUCAGCACGCAGCACCUGUACCACCCCACCCAGGUGGAGAUCGUGCAGUCCAACGUGGUGUUCGACAUCAGCAGUCUGAUGCUCUACGGCACGCAGGCAGUGCCCGUGCGGCUCAAGAUCCUACUGGACCGUCUGUUCAGCGUCCUGAAGCAAGAGGAAGUGCUCCACAUCCUGCAUGGCCUGGGCUGGACGCUGCGCGACUACGUCCGGGGGUACAUCCUUCAGGAUGCUGCUGGCAAGGUGCUUGACCGCUGGGCCAUCAUGUCUCGAGAAGAGGAAAUCAUCACCCUUCAGCAGUUUCUGCGGUUCGGAGAAACCAAAUCCAUCGUGGAGCUGAUGGCGAUUCAGGAGAAGGAAGGGCAGGCCGUAGCUGUACCAUCUUCAAAGACAGACUCAGACAUCAGAACUUUCAUUGAGAGCAAUAAUCGCACCAGGAGUCCCAGCCUCCUAGCCCAUCUAGAGAACAGCAACCCUUCCAGCAUUCAUCACUUCGAAAACAUCCCCAACAGCCUCGCCUUCCUGCUGCCAUUCCAGUACAUAAACCCGGUCUCAGCCCCGCUGCUAGGAUUGCCUCCGAACGGGCUGCUGUUAGAACAACCAGGACUGAGGCUGCGGGAGCCCAGCCUUUCGACCCAGAAUGAAUAUAAUGAGAGCAGUGAGUCUGAAGUCUCCCCCACGCCCUACAAGAACGAUCAAACACCCAAUAGAAAUGCCCUGACCAGCAUCACUAACGUGGAGCCCAAAACCGAGCCAGCCUGCGUGUCCCCCAUUCAGAAUUCCGCCCCAGUCAGUGACCUGUCCAAAACUGAACACCCGAAGAGCUCAUUCCGGAUCCACAGGAUGAGAAGGAUGGGGUCGGCCUCCCGGAAGGGAAGAGUGUUCUGUAACGCGUGUGGGAAGACAUUCUAUGACAAAGGUACUCUCAAAAUCCAUUAUAACGCGGUUCACCUGAAGAUCAAACAUCGGUGCACCAUUGAAGGCUGCAAUAUGGUCUUUAGCUCCCUUCGCAGCCGUAACCGCCACAGUGCAAACCCUAACCCUCGCCUUCACAUGCCUAUGCUAAGGAAUAACCGAGACAAAGAUUUAAUCCGGGCCACGUCCGGGGCUGCCACCCCCGUCAUAGCAAGUACAAAAUCGAAUCUCACACUCACGAGCCCUGGCCGGCCCCCAAUGGGUUUUACCACUCCCCCACUAGACCCCGUCUUACAGAACCCUCUCCCUAGCCAGCUGGUGUUUUCUGGGCUAAAGACUGUCCAACCAGUUCCUCCAUUUUAUAGAAGUUUACUCACUCCAGGGGAAAUGGUGAGUCCUCCGACCUCCCUCCCGACCAGUCCCAUCAUCCCAACCAGUGGUACCAUAGAGCAGCACCCCCCACCCCCCUCUGAGCCAGCAGCGCCAGUAGUGAUGAUGGCCACUCAUGAGCCCAGUGCCGACCUGGCGCCCAAGAAGAAGCCCAGGAAGUCCAGCAUGCCUGUGAAGAUCGAGAAGGAAAUUAUUGAUACCGCCGAUGAGUUUGACGAUGAAGAUGACGACCCCAAUGACAGCGGGCCUGUGGUCAAUGAUGGGAGCCAUGACAAUCACUGCCACUCCCAGGAGGAGAUGAGUCCGGGCAUGUCUGUGAAGGACUUUUCUAAGCAUAGCAGGACCCGGUGCAUUUCAAGGACAGAAAUAAGAAGGGCUGACAGCAUGACUUCUGAGGACCAAGAACCUGAGCGGGACUAUGAGAAUGAGUCUGAGUCUUCGGAGCCCAAACUCGGUGAGGAAUCCAUGGAGGGGGAUGAGCAUAUGCACAGUGAGGUGAGCGAGAAAGUCCUGAUGAACAGUGAGAGGCCGGACGAGAACCACAGUGAGCCCUCUCACCAGGAUGUCAUCAAGGUGAAGGAGGAGUUUACAGAUCCCACUUACGACAUGUUUUACAUGAGCCAGUACGGACUGUACAACGGCGGGGGUGCCAGCAUGGCAGCCCUGCACGAGAGCUUUACGUCGUCCCUGAAUUACGGCAGCCCUCAGAAGUUCUCCCCAGAAGGGGACCUGUGUUCUAGCCCAGACCCUAAAAUCUGUUAUGUGUGCAAGAAGAGUUUCAAAAGCUCCUACAGCGUGAAGCUUCACUACAGAAACGUUCACUUGAAAGAGAUGCAUGUCUGCACGGUGGCCGGCUGCAACGCUGCCUUCCCCUCUCGCCGAAGCAGAGACAGAAACAGAAAUUUACGGAUGGAAAGAACCAUAGGUCCAGGACAUCGAGACAGCCUGCAUCUGCGUAGACACAGUGCCAACAUAAAUCUGCAUCGUAAACUGUUGACCAAAGAACUCGAUGACAUGGGCCUGGACUCAUCACAGCCCUCCCUUAGCAAGGACCUCCGGGAUGAAUUUUUGAUGAAGAUCUAUGGGGCCCAGCACCCCCUGGGGCUCGACAUCAGGGAAGACGCCUCCUCUCCCGCGGGGACGGAAGACUCCCACCUGAACGGCUAUGGGAGGGGCAUGGCGGAGGACUACAUGGUCCUGGACCUGAGCACCACCUCCAGCCUCCAGUCCAGCAGCAGCAUCCAUUCCUCCAGGGAAUCCGACGCCGGCAGCGAUGAGGGGAUUCUCCUGGACGACCUUGACGGGGCGAGUGACAGCGGGGAGUCGGCGCACAAGGCCGAGGCCCCCACCCUCCCUGGCGGCCUCGGGGCUGACGUUUCAGGGUCUCUGAUGUUCAACAGCUUGUCCGGGAGCACUGGUGGGGUCAUGUGUAACAUUUGCCACAAGAUGUACAGCAACAAGGGGACGCUGAGGGUGCACUACAAAACCGUGCAUUUGCGAGAGAUGCACAAGUGCAAAGUCCCCGGUUGCAAUAUGAUGUUUUCCUCUGUGCGAAGCCGGAAUCGGCACAGUCAGAACCCUAAUCUCCACAAAAACAUUCCCUUCACUGCAGUAGAUUAGUCUCAGAACGGACACUGCAAAUGCCAGCUCUCACCAGAUGGCCUAUGUAUCUGAACUGCCAUAGUGUGUGCUUGUGUACUUGGGGGAGGGUGUGUGUGCGCGUGUGUGUACACACAUGUAUACCUGUGUACAUACACACACACGCGCACACACACAUUUUCUUUUCUUUAGAUAUAAGAAGAUAAACACUAGGUGCUUUUGAAAUUUUUUGUCUUUUUCCUUUAUAGUUUUGAGAAAGAAGUCAGAUCUUUUAAUUUGGAGGUGAAACAAAAUACCCUUUAAAUACACAUGCGCACACACAUAAAAGCGUGCAACUAGCCCAAACUUUGACAGAGUAACAAUUUUUGGUCCUCUCCAAAGAGACAAUUUGUUGUACCUAUGACUGUUGCCUGCAAAGAGAUAAAGGGGGAAAAAAAAACAAAAAAGGAACUUCUUAUAGUUGUCUUUUGUGAACUUUAAGGUUUUGAGAGAAUCUUCAAUUAAAGCAUGGCAGAUUCACCUGUAAAUAUUUAGCCUUGAGAGGCCAAUGAUGUAAAACAAUUGUAUUGAUGGUUGUUUAACUCUUUUGUUUAAUUUUUACAGUUACAUCCAGCUGUUAGAUAUACAGGAAAAAAAUAGUUUGCUGGCUAGCUCUAUUCAUUUAUGUUAGCAUUAAUGCACAUUUUUUAAGGAAAAAAAAAAACAUGGUCUUGUUUUUACUACCUGCUAGAUAUAGUGAUAAAGAGGUGCUGGCAUGCCUUACAGCACAGAUCUGAUUUUUUAAAAUGUCCUGUACUAGUACAUAAAUCCAGUCAUGCACUUUUUUUCAUACACUACAAGGGGAUGUGUAAUAUCCAUGCUUCUUUUUUAUCCUUAAACUAUUGCCAUACUUCAAGUAAGUGUCUUUUUUAAAAAAUUCACUUGUAUAAAAAUGGUCUGGUCAGUAUAGGGCACAAAUGCCAAACAAAAGUAUUAGUGUUAACACAAAACUGCCAACUUUGCACAAGUUUCCAGAAAAGAAAAUACAAUUAGUCACUCAACAUAACCACAGGCCAAUUUGUCGGCCACCAGAAAACCGCUUUAAAAAAAAAAACACUUGGUGAUGCUUUCAAGUGCCGAAUGUUAUUACAAUCAACAUUGUAUCCUUCUUGCUUAUAUGUUAAGUUACAUAAAAGGAAAACAAAGUGAUGCUUGUGAAACAGCCAAGGCAUUUAUUCUUUAGAGGCAGGAUAAUAUUUCAGGAUACAAAAGCCCAAAUUACUCACUACGGAGCAAAGCUGAAUACAGUGAAAGAGCUGAACACUCAUGCGCAAGGACCUGACCCUUCUCCAUUAAAGAGAGGGAGAAAGUCUGAACUGAGUUGGUCUGUUAUAUGUGGCUGUGUAAUUUGUCGCAAGUUAUGAAGUAGUACUAAGAUUCAGGCUGGUUUGAUAGACAAAAUCAAAAGACAUUUAAUGGCAGAGGCGGCAGUACUUGGAAGCUUUGCAAACAUGUGCUGAACUUGAACUAAGCAAUACUCCUUUCUGAGAAGCCAGAAGAAGGGGGUUUAAAAUAGGAUCUCUCACUGUUUAGUGUUUUGCGUUUCCCCCACGCGAUUUGUCAGAGAGAAAUGAAAGCAAGCCUGAAACCAAGCAAUCGAGAGUGAGAAAGCGCAGGGAGAGGAUUCUCCGAACCUUUUUUGUUUUGUUUUGUUUUGUUUCCGAUGUUUACACAUGUUGCCUGAGCUGGUUAACCACAUCGGCAGCCUCAGCUACCACAACAUACUGACUAAAUGAUGAUAUUUACUCAAAUUCAGUCUGCAGCCAAAACCAUUAGGGUAUGCAUUGCAGACUGUUUUGUUGUCUUUUUUUCUUUUUUUUUUUAAGUGGAGGGGGGAAAAGAUAAACAAGGCAUAUUUUGUCAAACAGGACACAAUAAUUUAAAGAGAAUGUAUUUCUUUUCUGCAUUUAAAGGCCUCAAACAUUUCUUUCAUCAGUCUAAAAGUUAGAAUUACUCCCUUUGUCUUAACUUUUUAAUGGCAUUUCCAUUUUUCAUACGUUUUGUAAUUAUUUUUUUCUAGGUUCACAUCAGCAUUCACUUCCGUUAAAUUUGCCAAAGGAAACUGUUAAUAUGUUUCUCUUGUUGUUAGUCCUGUAGGAUUUAUUGUACCUCAGUAUUUAUUCUUUCCAAAAAUAAGCAUCAUUAAGUUGAGGCUUCAGUAUUUUUUUGUGUGAAAAUUUCAGAAACAAUGGAAUCUUAAGAUAAGCUAGAUGUGUCUAGCAGCUUUAUCUUUUCAUCUCCUUCAGAGGAUGCUAUGGGGUUCAUUUAAUUCUUCAUUUGUUCUACAGUGAGGAGAGACCAAAAGUAUUUGCAGUACAAAAAAACUAUAUCAAACACUAUGUUUUAAUGACAAAUGUUUACGGUAAAAAAGCUGAGGAAUUAGUGCUAACCGCUUUUGUUUUUCUUGUACCUUUGAAUUCCCCAAAGUCUUAAUUGCUUUAUUUCAGUGUUGUUAAACUGAAUAGACAGAGAUGUUUUCCUUUGUUUUAUACCACAUAAGACUCUGUACAGUAUGUUUGUGGAAGAUUGAACUAGAAUAAUGAAAAUUUGUUUGCAAACAUUUUGGUCCUCUUAGCCUUCUGUGUUGCGCUAUUGCUCCAUUAACCAAAUGAUUUGAUUCCAGAAGGGCGGAAAAAAUAUUUUGUUGGUAUCCCAGCAAAAGGUUAUGGAAACACUAGCUUUGCAAGUGUACAUAGACCAAGUGACACUUUUAUGAAAUAACACACUUUCAGCGAUUUUUAACAGUUACACUCUGGGUUGAGAUAUUAGAACUCAGCUUGUACAAAAUCAGUGCUUAGUCUCUUUAAUGUCAACUAAAAGGUCUAAAAGCCCUAAUGAGUGAAUUACAUAGCUGUCAGCAGGUCACAACAAAGGCACCAGGCUUAGAACGAGUGUUUGGUACUCACCAGAAACCAGGCUGAUGUGGAUAGCCAGUUAGAAUAAGCCCAGAAGUAACAAGAUUCUCAAGCAGAAUUUCCAUUGCUCAGAAGCAUGAACGUGUUCACCUGCCUUUUGUUGGAGAAAUGACAGUGAGUCCUGAACAACCUGCCCUUUUUAAGUCUCUCCCCUCUUUGCUACUAGUUUUGUGCCUCAAGUGCCCACAUGUUAUGGUGGCCUUUUAAGUGGGUGUAUAAUAUUUUCCAGUUUAAAGCCUAAUUGCUUAAAAGGGACAGGGGGAUUGGACAGAAGUGGUCCAUAAGAUGUAGAAUCAUAAAAACAUACAUUUCGUCUAGUCCCAGAGUGUUGCUUGUUCUUGGGUGUGUGCCUGAGUGCAGUGUUUUGACUUAACUCUAAAUCUAGUUAAGAUGGUGAUCCCAAGGCUUAUUUGCAAAUGGGAAGGAUGAUGUGAUCACUAUUUUAACCAUUGAGCCCUUCCUCUUUGUCCAUUCAUACUCAUUUCUUUUUUCAUAGGAGUUUUCUGUUGUGACACAGGCUCUGUCCAGCUGCAUCCAUGCUAGGGCGGCUGAGAAAGGAAUAGGAUGCAGCAUUUCAUCCAAGCAACCUUUUUCCCCCACUUGAUUCAUUUUAACCAGCAUUCUGUCACAGGUACAAAACAGAAGUAUUAUUAACAUGCAUGUUUGCUAGGUGGUAUUGAAAUGUUCUGUUUUGAUCAUUUUAAGCUAUGUGUUUGUAAGGAUCAGAAAGGCUUAGUCUCCUUUAAGGAUUGUCUGUGUGUUGUGGAGGGGGAUGACCCGGAGCAAGAAUAACGAGAGAUAAUAAUUUGGUGUUUAAAAUGUGAUAAAAAGCAUGACAUUCUUCGUUCUGCUAUUAAUUGUAUAGAAAUAAGUCCGUGCAUUUCAGAUCUUAGUCCAGGCUGAUGCCUUUUAAAGCUGGCAAACAUCUCUUUUGAAAUUGUUUUUAGCACAAUGGCACCACUGUCCUUACAGUGUAAUUUCUUUGGUAAUGAAUUCCCAGGCCCUUCCAGUAUGAGGAGAAAGGCGCAUAACUGGUUAAUAGCCUGUUAGUGUGUGUGUAUAUAUAUAAUAUAUAUAAUAUAAUAUAUAUAAUAUAUAUUAUAUAUAUAGCUAUUUUUUAAAAAAGGCAAGCUUUGAAUAUAUCAAGAAGGGGCUGUUGCAGAGGCAUUCUCUUCAUUUUACUCAGGGGAAACCAUGCACUAGGUUCCCACCAAAUAAAAAGUGACCUUUUGUUCCUUUUCCUCUGUACACACCCCUCAUGUGUGCCAAGCAAAUGAGAACAGAGGCCCUUGGGAAUUAAAACAGAAAGAAGCCAAUAACCAGAUUGAGAUGGACAUGCUGCUAACUGCCAGCCGUUGACCUGAGCAGUCCUAACUUGCACUUGGUCUUUAGUGUUGGGCUAGAUCGACUAAGUAAAUAAAUGUCAAUUGUCAUAAGACACGCUACAUCUACUGUCAUACGAAACAAAUCAGCCAGAAGAUACUUUCUUUGAUCUUAUGGACACACUCCUUCUCUUGAGCUUUGCAAAAAUUAUGACAAGUUUUGGGGUUUAAAAAAAUCACUUACAUUUCACCCAGACUUGGAAUAUUUAGAGGCAUUUGCUUCUCAUUCUCAUUCUCUGUGUUUCUAAUGGGAGGGGUUUAAAUAAGUAUGGAGGGCAUUCAGAGACAGGUGCCGCAAAGACUGGAGGGAAUCACAGUUUUUUACAGUGAAGUGAGGGGUGUUAAGUAGAGGACUCGUACCUGUCCUGGUUUCAAGAUAACUAGAAAAGAAAAUAGUGAACUCACGGAAAGGAGGCAGUCAAGAGAAACGUCCGGUGCAACUCUGCCUAGCAGUGGGUGGGAGCGGAUCCAUGCAGUGCAUCCCAGAGCACCCCAUGACCAGGUGCCUCACUGAAUCCUAGUCUGAGAAGGGAGGAGGAAAGCAAGAGUGAUGCCUGGAAUACCUCAAGUCCCAGCCAGGUCAGGAGAAUCAACUAUGGCAGUCAGUGGCUGGGUAGGGGUGUGGUGGUCUUUUUUUCUUACUUUUGGAGUGGAAGUGAUGCUGAAGUCCCUUAGGAAACUAAAAGAUCCACUGGGUCUACCAGAUCCUAGAAAAGGCUGGUGGUCAGACCAAGCCCUAGUUGUGCUGAGUGGAAAGGCAUGAUUGCCAGUGCAGGUCUGUUCUUUCUCCAUCGUGACUGCGGCUUGCCCCCAUAGCCACGGUUGUACUGCUCUUUGGCUGCAAAGACCUCUUGAUCAAAAUGUGAGCUUAUUCACCUUCCUACAGAGCAGAAAAGCAACUUUGCUGCUUUCACAUUUUCCCUUCAGGCCAAACCAUGUGUGGUAGGUAGCUUUCCUCAUGUUAGCAUCAGGCCACAUCUGCUCUGUCCCAAAGGCAUUUCUCUUUCCUAUAGUCAGGACUUGCUCACUGUACACGGUAAUUUUCCAUUAGUAUUAUGUAAAUCCAGUUGUACAACUGACUGGUGGGUUAAUGUAACAUCACUGUUGCCCAGACACCCAUCCUCUCCUGUAUCCGCCCAUCAUCCUUAUUCAUCCCACAUCUUGCACAAGAUGAUGUUUAUGGUCAUUCGGCAAUAACUGGACAUCAAAUACUAUCGUUUUGGCAUUUGUCAAAAAAUCCAAAUGCCCAAUCACAGGGGUUUUAAAGAAAAAAAACUAAGCGUUUUUACAAGUACACUGAAUUGGAUCAGCAUUAUCGUUCAUUAUAAUGCUAUAUAUUUUUUUGAAGUAACAUACUAUAGUUGUCAUAAAACUAUCUUUAUUCUUCUCCUCUGAAGUGUUGUUGUAAAUUCAUUUGACCUUUACUGCAAGCACAAAAAAAAAAAAAUCUUUUCUAUAUAGAGUAUCAAGACAAGGCUCAGUUUGUAACAAAUAGUGGACCAUUACAAAAGAGGAAACGGAAAAAGCCAGGCUGAGCAGCAAGAAGCUUCAGUUCAAUUUCACCUCAUAUCUUUCUAAUAACUUACUUGUCACUUUAUUACCUUCCAGUAAUGUGAACGCUGCUGACAAGACUGUCACACUAACAACAGACAACACCCUGCCUGCCUCAGCCCCAGCUCUCCUGGCUACUUAUUGCCCUGGCCCUGAAGGGACACAAACUAAUAGUGUGCUUUCCAGUUCAGCACUUGGCCAUCAAAUAUAAAAGGAUGCGUAAUUGCCUGUUUAUCCCUUGUGAAGGGGAAAUUGAGUACAAGGGCUAGGCUUUCCCACUGAGUUCCCCGAUGCACGCACAUCCACAGUCAGCCUCUCCCUCCCUCCCUUCACCUCCUCCCAGCACACGAGCACGCACGCACACCCACUAAACUGUAUCUCUGGCAAGCCCAAGGCUGCCUCGCGGUGCCCUCUCUAGCUAUUAAGUGCACAGUAACAAGACUACUUCUUAAAUAAAGGGUCAGUGGAGAGAUUCUGGCUUUGACAGCAUCCUCUGGGUCUUUGGAAACUUAAGUAUUGCAAUUCCAAGCUCAUGUAUUUUGGGAGUACUGGGUAUCGUGCCAUAAUUAGAGCAAAGUUUCUACAAGUCAGUGGCAAAAGUGGGAUUAGAUUGCCCUAUGUUCUGUAAGUAAAGAACUAAGAUGUUUUUCCUCUCCUUCAAAAAGUGCACGUGCCAUAAACAAACUGGUUGGGUGUGGUGGUUUGAAAAAAAAUUUUUUUAGCUGUGGCCUCCAACCAGUAGUCUAGAUGUACACAGGUAUCUUGCCGUGACAACUUCCAAAUCCAUACUGUAACAAGACAUUCACCUUUAAUUGGACUGACAAUCUGAAAAAAAUAAUAAGGCACAGGGACUUUGAGUUUAAUCACUAAAACAGGGACUACCCUAUAUGUAGAAAGUAAAUUCUUUCUACAUUGGGAGAAUUUUGGUAAGUAUAAGCACAUGAGCUUUAGAAAAUCAAGUGCGAGGGGACAAAAGGUACAAAGAAAAAUCAUGUGAAAAUGUGAUCUUCCCAAACAUCUUGAGCCCAAAUAACAUAUAUAAGUAUUGGCUGCUAUUUUUGUAUACUGAACUACUUAAAGGAUCAUAAAGGUGACUAGUUAGUGGCUAAAUGAAGUAUAAGUUCUCUGUGCAUCUUCCUUGGGGAAUUCGGAGACACCCUGCUUCUUUCUAAACCCUCCCGCAUUGGGUCUGAUAGAUGCUGUUGAUCCCACCCCGCUCCCCCCACCGACUUUGAACAGUCACAUUUCAAAGCUAUGUCAAAAAAUAAGACACACGCAGGUGUCAUCUUUGAUGCAAACUUUCAGAAAGACGAAAAGUGGCAGAUUGAGAGAGGGACAAAAGGUCUAUGUAGACAAACCUGUGCUAAAAUAAUUGUAUUAAGCAGUGUGUGGACUGGGCAGAAAAGCACUUUGAGUAAUGAUUCUUGGGGUCAGGGAAAAAGCAGUUGAUGUUUUUUAAGUUCUCCCAGUAUGUAUACAUUACAAUCAUUUAGCAAACAUCUUAAGAGAAUCUUAAUUAAAAAUUCAGUUGCCAAAAUUGCACAGAUUAUUCAAUAUUAGCUCUACCCCCCCCCCCUUUAAAUAACAGGGAUGCUUAAGGACAGUUCUAAUUGUUUUGGCGUAUUUUUAGCUUCCUUUUUCUAAGAUUCUUUGAAGGGAAGGAAGAGUGGAAAAAGGUAUUUUAACAAAAAUGGAAAGAAAUAGAUUGUAUAAAACUAUAUUUCUUAAAGUAUGCAAGCGCUAUACCAAGACUUUAUAAGGCUUCCUGUUGCCAAACGCGAUGCUGAAAUAAUGCACAAGAUGGCACAUCAGUCCAUUACCAACCGGCUCUGCCCACUGCUGUUACAAAAUGCAAGGAUUGAGAGGUGGCCCCGGGGUGAAGGGGCCUAUCUGUGUCAGAGAGCUCCACUCCUCUGGCCCUGGAAACGUUUUCCACAAGAGCGGGAGAAAAGACCAACCCUCUUGGUAGUCCUACCCCAAGAUGAGCUGACCUGGCACUGUUUCCGCAGGAGCCGCGUGACCCGCCCUUCCCACACUAGGAGACAGAGCACCCCUGACCUGCCUGUGAAUCAGUGUCGUGGCCAAGAAAAGCAGUGAUUCAUGAGGCAUGAUGCUCUUGAUUCCCAAUGUGCUCAGUUAACAGGCUCACUUGAGAUAACCAAGUUGACUGUUUUCAUCUAGUACUCAAUUUGGAGUGUUUUUGCAUGUCUUUGUACAGAUCCACUCCUUUCAAUACCCAUCUUAAUCUCCCCUGACUUCUCCAUUAUCUUUCCACUCCUGCCCUUUCUUCUGAUCUCACCCACCCUCUUCAAAGAAAAUCUUUUCUGAAGCAAGAAGGUAGAACACUCCCUCCUUCAUCUGGAUUUUGAUCGCUCUGGAAACAUUUGUGUGUUCCACCCUGUCUGGGGUUUACAUAACGUGAAUUAAGUGAAUGAGAUGUUCUAGUAUUAUAUAUUAACCUGAUAUGACUAAGAUUUAUAAUAUAUGGUGCUCUCACUUUCCUGUGCAAACUUUGGUUCUGCUGCCCUGCAGAAAAGUCUCAACCAUUUUCCUACCAAUGCCAGUAUGAACAGGGCAGGAGAGCUAAACGUGGGUACCUGGAGGUCAGAGGGGUGAGGGAGGUGGAGAAACCAGGAGAAGAUGUGGGUCUGAGGCCUCCCUGGGCCUUUCCUCAAAGGUGGAGGUGAGUCGAUCCUUCAGGAAAGCAAGCUCUCGGAUCUCAACUGCUCCUCAUCGGCUAAGCCUUUUAGAACUAGCAAGAUCCCUCACCUGGUUGAGAGAACACAAAUUUCUUACUCACCCCAAACCCACUGGUGUGUCUUGCUAACAAAAACACUGGACACAACCCUAUCUGACAGCAAAGUUGGCCAAAGGGAACUGAAAUAUCUUAAGGAAAAGGAAUUUUCCCCAAGAUAUGUCCUCUCUCCCCACUCCCCAACCCCAGAGUUUGGGGCAGGGGUGGGGUGCAGGGGGCUGUGGUCUUUUUUGUUUCUGUCCUCCUCUGCAUCAAACCAGCCUCUUCUGCCCAGCCUGUCCAGAACCAAAGUCUGCACUAUGAAAGGGGUCAGCACCCAGGGACGGGCACAGCUUACAUCACCCUGAUCUGAUCAUUGUGACGUCGGUAGCUUCAUAAAUACUGUAUGUACCUUGAACAAGGGUUUUGUUUUUGUUUUGUUUUUGGUUUGUUUUUCUUAGUAGUUUAAGGGAAUUAAAAGUUUUUAUUUGCUGUUUCCUUUGUUGUAUUUUCUGUACUAUAACUGUCUACAGUAUGUCUUUUUGCAUAAAAUGCAUAAGGGUUUGGGGAUGUAAAUGGAAUUUUAUUCAUAUUUUGUCCAAAUACCUCUUGUAAUUUGUAUCAAAAUUCUUGUACAAUUUUUAUAUUAAAGAUUUAUCAGUCACUGA